AUGGAGCAUUUGAAAAACUUUGAAGCCAAGAAGAGACAAUUGCCCCCAGGCGAGGCUCAAAUUUUUUUGGAAGAAGAGAUUUUACAGCUUCAGAAACAACUGGAGGACCAAAUUGUAGUAAGGACUGCACUCGAGAAAGCAAUGAAUUACCAACCUCUCUUGGACGAUCCAACGUAUAAAUCACUUAACCAGACUGCUGGUGAUCUCAUACAAGAAAUUGCUGUUUUGGAAAUGGAAGUUGCAUACUUAGAGAAAUAUCUUCUAUCAUUGUAUAGGAGAGCGUUUUCCAAAAGGUUUUCGACCUUGCCUACAAUGGACGAACAAGAAAACUCAAAUUUAGUAACUCUUAAAUGGAUGUUACCGGAGUUUUCGAAACCGGGUUUAACAUCAGUGAAAGAAAGUUCAGUCCCGUUUGUGCCACCUCAAGAUUCAAGCAACAAUUUACAUAUGAAAUGCAAUGACAUUUUGGGAGCAGAAACGCUGGUUGAUACUGGUUUAGGCAGAAGCCAAUCGUCACUAUCUCAGCGUUCGACUUGUGCUUACAGAACUUCUCCGUCUCAAACUAUUUCUGAAGCUGUAGACUUGUACCAUUCUUUACCUUUAUCAAUGUUGGAGAGGGCUCAGGGCUCGACUUCGAGUGCCAGUUUGGCAGAGCAACCUGAUUCCAGUUUUCCUGAUCGUGCUCGAGAAACACCUAAUUGGCUUUCCGAGGAGAUGAUUAAGUGCAUGUCAACUAUAUAUUUUCAUCUCUCUGACUCACCUUUGAUCAAUCCUGAAUUCAGUUCAGCUAUUUCACAUUCAUCCCCAGUGAGUAAAUUUUCUCAGAGGCAAUGUGAAGAAAAUACAUGGAUGAACAGUACUUUGUAUAUUGGAGCAUCUAAAGAAUUUUCUGGUCCUUUCUUCGCAAUGGUUGAAGUUCGAGGCAUUCUUAGAGAUAGCCAAAGACUAAAUGCUAUCGAAGACCUGCUACAAAAUUUUAGGUUUCUCAUUUCUAAGUUGGCAAAAGUUGAUCCCGGGAAACUGAAGCACGAAGAGAAAUUAGCUUUCUGGAUUAAUGUUCACAACGCACUGGUGAUGCACGCAUUUUUGGUUUACGGUAUUCCACGAGGAAAUCUUAAGAGGUUCUCUCUCGUCCUCAAGGCUGCAUAUAACAUUGGAGGUCAUACUGUAAGCAUUGACAUAAUGCAGAGUUCUAUUUUGGGAUGCAGAUUACCACGUCCAGCUCAAUGGCUACAAUCAUUAUUCUUUCCCAAGGCAAAGUUUAAAGCCGGAGACUCUCAGAAGGCAUAUGCAAUACAGCAUCCAGAAGCUCGUCUACACUUUGCACUCUGCUUGGGAUGUCAAUCGGAUCCAGCAGUUCGUUUAUAUACACCCAAAAAAGUUUUCCAAGAACUGGAAGUAGCGAAAGAAGAGUACAUUCAGUCAAAUGUCAAGCUACAUAAAGAACAAAGAUUACUCGUGCCAAAGAAUGUUGAAUAUUUUAUGAAGGAGAUGGGCUUGUAUCCUGCUGGUAUUGCAGAAGUGAUUGAGCAUUCCAUGCUCGAUUCUUUGAGAGAGAACUUUCAGAAGCCUCAGCAUGGAAAACUAUGGAAGAAAAUCGAAUGGAUUCCUCACAAUUUUACUUUCCGGUUCUUGCUUUCAUAUGAACUCAUCAAGUGA